GCAGAGCAGCUGAGCUCUCUGCUACACACAGGGGGAUCUGCAACAGGAAGAGCAGAGCUGGGACCCUCCGCUACACAUACUGGAAAUGAAAUGUGCCUGUUAACACUCGCAGAAUCACAUAGCAGUAUCUGGCAAUGUCCAAACCGAUCUCCUUCUUGAGCCAUGACUACAACAUAAAUGCUCUGAGACUGCUGUAGUCCCAAAAGAGGAUGAAGCGGUGAAAGGAUGGGCCAUUCUUCUGCGAGAUUGCACAAUGGCCAGAGAGGACUCAGUGAAGUGCCUACGAUGCCUGCUCUACGCCCUCAAUUUGCUGUUCUGGCUGAUGUCGAUAUGUGUUUUGGGAGUUUCUGCGUGGAUGAGAGACUACAUAAAUAAUGUGCUUACACUAACUGCAGAAACAAGGGUGGAAGAGGCCAUUGUAGUGACUUAUUUCCCUGUGUUCCAUCCGGUGAUGAUUGCUGUCUGUUGUUUUCUGAUCAUCGUGGGAAUGAUUGGCUACUGUGGAGCUGUGAAAAGCAACCUGCUUCUUCUGGCAUGGUAUUUCGGGAGCUUGUUGGUCAUUUUCUGCAUUGAGCUGGCGUGUGGUGUCUGGACGUAUGAGCAGGAAAUUUCGGCUCAAGUUCAGUGGUCAGACAUGGUCAGUUUGAAGGCUAGAAUGCCAAACUAUGGGUUUCCCAGAUACCACUGGCUAACUAAUGCUUGGAAUUUUUUCCAGAGAGAGUUCAAGUGCUGUGGAGUGGUAUAUCUAACAGACUGGCUGGAGAUGACAGAGAUGGACUGGCCACCGGAUUCGUGCUGUGUUAAAGAGUUCCCAGGCUGCUCUAGACAAGCACAUCACGGAGAUCUAAGUGAUCUUUAUCAGGAGGGAUGUGGAAGAAAAAUGUACAGCUUCCUGAGAGGAACCAAACAGUUGCAAGUUCUGAGAUUUCUAGGGAUUUCCAUUGGCGUUACACAAAUCCUGGCAAUGAUCCUCACCGUCACCUUGUUGUGGGCACUGUAUUAUGAUAGGAAGUGCCCUACCAAAGAAGUAAUACCAUUGAAUAAUGACACUGCUCACUACAACGGCCAUACAGCGGAGCCACUGAAACCAGACCUCUCACGGACUUGUGAUCAAAGAACUACAGUCAAUGGGUCUGGCACCUAUUUUGAAAUGGGGGAAUUGUAAAUGGUUCUAACAGAAGUGUUUCCUAAAUAGUGAGAAUUUCCUGCACUCCUGGAAAAAGGGAUAAUAUAAAUACAUUGCUCAUCUUUCUAGAUCACCAAAGGUUAAGUAUGGUAGAGUAAUAGUAUUAUAAUUUUAGUGCAAGUGCACUGGUUUCCAUUACAU